AUGGGAAACAAUAUAACACGCGCCGACAUCGCCAUGACGACCUCAGGGCAGGAAAAGUUGGCUGAGAACUUACGCUCGACAACAAUCUCGAGAGUUCAAUCAGGACCAGUGUGCCCCAAAGGAUCACCUUUCGUUCGACUCGAGCAGGCAUCCAUGAAAGUUCUUUGUGCCAGUGUCAAUCCCAAAGAUCGGACAGUAUUUAAUGGACUCGCAGCUGUUCAAAUUGGGAUGACUAAAGUGCUUGCCCCUCAGGAAUACCAACACAGCGACACGGCAGAAUCCGGCGAACCCAACGUUAAAUGCCUGCAACCAUUGCUCCUGGUUGAAUCAAAACCAUCGACUGCCUCAUCGCCCACUAGUUUCGACAACAACAACGCUUCAUCGGGUGCAGCCCCAGUCAUCUCGAAGUCAUCUUCUAAUCCGGACGCCUCAGAAUCCAAUGUAGCAUCUCUACUCUCGCGUCAACACACCGCCCAGCACUAUCUAAAUCUUUUCCCUCAAAACGUCAACGUGCCAUCUCCCCUGGUCUCAUUGCCUCCCCUAGGCGCCCGCCUCGAGACCACGGCUCAAUUGGCCUAUUGCAGCAGUUUGCUCCACCCUCAUUUGUCAUCGUCUUUGGACUCUGCGAGGGCCACUGCUUUGGAUUCCGCUCAGCACACGUCAGUGGACACGAUCCUUCAGGACGAGGAUGAGAGGGCUCAGAUUCGCUGGCUGGUCACUAGGGUCGUUGAAGAGUUUGCGGCGGACAGGCUCAAGACGUCGGACAAGAUCGCUGAAGUCGUUCUCCUCGGCUCUUUUCUCGGUCAGGAAGCUUACCGCAAGCUGCUCAACAGCUUCAUCGCCGAGUUCGAGACAACAAGUCUGUUGGACAUCGAUUUGCUUCAUGGACUCGUCCACCUUGUCCAAUGCGCUCAGCCCGACUAUCUCCUCCCCGACGACCUUGUCCGUAUCCUCGUUGUCCUUCGAGCUCGUCUACAGGAGACCCAUCAGCAAUCGACUAAUCAUCCUUAUUAUCUGACCUUGGCGCUCUCUUGCCUCCUGGAUGUUAUGGUCGAGGGCAAGGUCCAAGAACUGAACCGUGUCGUUAACCACGAGCCCCUCUCUGCGCUGUUGGGUCAAUUGGUGAACAUCUCGGAUCCGUACCUCAAGCAUCAAGCAGCCUAUGCCCUGCAGGCGUUGCUUCAUGUUCCGAACGACGAGACACGCCGGCAGUUCAUGCUACGGCAUGCAGGAAACAUCACCAUGGGCCUUCUAGGAGCUGCAAGUGUGUGCAAGCUGGAUAUUAGUGGGUUCACGGAGGGAGCUGGGGAGGUGGUCAAAACCGUCGAGGAGGUCGUUGAAGUCGGUGCCAAGAUGCUCGGCGGCAUUCAGUCGAUACGUGAGAGCGGACAGGACAUUUUCGCGAGCGUGGAAGGAGGAGUCCUGUCUGGUGGACGUCUACUCUGGUACGCCGCGUUGCGUGAAGCUCAGGAUCACGUCCGCAACGGCCGACUGGCAGAUUUCAACCGCCUGAUCUUUGAGGCUCCUUGCCGUCGAGACGUCGAGUUCCAAUGGGGCGUCUAUAAGAUCCUUGGAGAGAUUGCUGUCGAUUCGCAGUGGGAGGUCGCCACUCGUCAACAAGCUGUCGACCUACUUGCUGCGCUGUACAAAGACGAUGCCAUCAGGACCUCCAACGAUGAGGUUGAAUCUUGGAUCUUACAGAUUCUCCGCAAGCUUGUUGCCCUGUCCGACCUAUCUAUUUCAGACUACGCCCAAUCAGUACUCCAAAGCCUGGAGAAGGGAGGCAACGCUACCACGCAGGGCCUCUACCGUGACAUCGUGGCAGGCCCUCUCAGUCCGUAUCCAAUUAAGGCUGGCCUGCCCGUUCCGUCGACUUCGCCACUACUUGCUCGAGUGCUUGCUAUUCCUGAUGUCGAGUGCGAUAUUCACAGUUUGAGACACCAACGCAUGGAUAGUCAUACCAGAUCAUUGUACAUCCCGCCACAAGCCAAGCCAAGCCUCAAGUCUGACGAGACCACCUUGUUUCCGCUGAUGGAGAAGGUGCUCGAGUUUGUUGAGAGUACUCAACAAGUGAUGCUGCUGCUGGGCGAUUCAGGAGCGGGAAAGUCGACAUUCAGUCAGAAGCUAGAGCACACACUAUGGACGAGCUACAAACCCUACGGACCCAUUCCACUUUACAUCAACCUCCCCACCAUCGACAACCCGACGCAGGACCUUAUCGGCAAAGAGUUGGACCAUCAAAACUUUUCGGAGGAGCAGAUCCAGGAGCUUAAGCUGCACCGACAGUUCAUUCUCAUCUGCGACGGAUACGACGAAAGUCAGCUCAAGACCAACCUCCAUACUGGCAAUGCGUUCAACCAGCCAUAUCAAUGGAAAGUCAAGAUGGUUGUCAGCUGCCGGAGCCAGUACUUGGGGCAGGAUUAUCGUUCUCGGUUUCAGCCUCGACCAACUGACCACUCUGCUCAUUCCACGUCCGAUCUCCUGCUGGAAGCCGUGAUUGCGCCUUUCACCAAGGCCCAAGUUGAGCAGUAUGUCGACCAAUACGUCAAGGAGUUGUCAGCGGACGACGAUGUUCAUGCGCGACCAAUAUGGACAAAGGAUGAGUACAUGGAGAGGCUGACCAAGAUUCCCAAGAUGAUGGAGCUGGUGUCGAAUCCGUUCUUGCUGACUUUGUCGUUGAAGGCGUUGCCGGAGGUUAUUGGAUCCAAGAAGGAGUUUUCGACUAUCCGGAUAACCCGCGUUCAGUUGUACGAUGGAUUCGUUAAACGAUGGCUCGAAGUCAACAAGCGGAGGUUGGAGAGCAGUACAUUGAGCGAGAGCGAGCGUUCGGAAUUCGAUAUGAUCCUCGACGACGGCUUUCUCUACCACGGUAUCAAGUUCCAAAAGGAUCUUGCAGCGGCGAUCUUCAAGGAGCAGAAAGGACAGCCCGUCGUCAGCUACACUCAUCUCCGCGAUAACAAGUCCUGGAAGUCCUCGUUCUUCAGUCCCGACGCGCACACCAAGGUACUACGGGAGUGCAGCACCGUGGUAAGGUCUGGCCGCCACUUCCGCUUCAUCCAUCGAUCUCUUCUGGAGUACUUUUAUUCCCGCACAGUCUACGAUCCUCUCGACUACGAUCCUGACGCAUCAUCUUAUGACUGCUCGGUGCCUGCAGAUCCCAAAACCAAGCUGUCGCAGAGGAACUUUGUUGGUGAGCCGUCCGUAUUACAGUUCUUGGCCGAGCGUACAGAGACGGAUCUUCUGUUCAAGGAGCAGCUUCUCGCUGUGGUCGAAGACUCCAAGGUGGAUGAGCAGGGUGGCCAGGCGGGGUCAAAUGCGAUUUCGAUCUUGGUCAAGGCGGAGACACGAUUCAACGGAGCCGACCUAAGCGGCAUCAGGAUUCCAGGAGCGGACCUUCGCGGAGGAUCUUUCGAUUCUGCAGAUUUGGAAGGAGCAGAUCUGAGUGGCGCCAACUUGAGCAAGACAUGGUUGAGACAGGCGAACCUCAACAGGACGCGGAUGACAGGAGUGCAGUUUGGAGAGCUUCCAUAUCUCAGGAUGGAUAAGGAGGUCCAGGGCUGUGUGCUUUCGUAUGACGGAGAACUACUCGCUGUAUCGAUAAAUGAGACUGGGAUCGACAUAUUCAGCACCGCGUCAUGGACCAGGACCGCCAGUCACCCUGGAGCAGGUGUCAUUGCAAUUUCGCCAACAACAAAAGAGCUCGCCAAGAGUCGUCACAAGAGCAACGUCGUGGAGGUCGGUGACAUUCUGACCGGUGAGCUCCGACUCGCCUUGUCUGGUCACAGUGAUGAGGUUACCAGCAUUGCCUUUUCGCCGGACGGAUCGCUGAUAGCCACCGCAAGCAAGGACACCACGUUACAAGUUUGGUCAACUUCUUCUGGCGAGUCCCUUCAUACCUUGAGCGGUCACUCCGAGUCUGUCAACCGCGUCGCCUUCUCACCAACCGGAUCCCAACUUGUAUCCUGCAGCGAGGACAAAACAUUGCGAACCUGGAGCGCUCAGACGGGCGAGUUGGUCACAGUCUUUAAUGGACACAAGCAUGGUGUUGUCUCUGUAUCCUACUCCCCCGAUGGUCGUAAACUUGCGUCCGGUGCUUCCAACGGGGGUAUUGGGUUCUGGGAUGCCGAGACUGGCGAGAACACCCACGGGUUUGUCGGUCACGUCGACGCCGUCGAAAGCUUGGCCUAUUCCCCGAACGGCCAUCUGCUAGCCUCCUGCAGUCUCAGCGGGACUAUUUGUCUUUGGGACCCUCAAAACGGUGAGCUGCUAAACACGCUCACUGGCCACCUGUUCCGUGUCACCAGUGUUGACUUCUCGCCAGCAGGAGACUAUUUAGUAUCGGGCUCAUGGGACUGGACCGUGCGGCUUUGGAAAGCGGGAGAAGGGGAGAGUUCGCCGGAUGGGUUCUCAGAGAGCGACACUGACGGCUGGGGAUGUGUUGCUCUCUCACCUCCAGACGGCAAAUACAUUGUCACGGGAAACACCGACGGCGCGAUAUGUGUCUGGGAGACGUUGUCCGGCAACUCAAUCACCACUAUGACCAGCUCUACCGACAUGAUUCAGGCGGUGGAAUUUUCACCAUGCGGAAAGCGGGUCGCCUCUGUCUCUGGGCAUGAUGUGCAGCUUUGGUGCGCUCAGACAGGAGAGUGUCUGCGGAUUUUCAAGGGCCACACAUCAUAUGGAUUGACUGUGGCAUUUUCUCCCAGCGGACACCAACUAGUUUCGGGCGGCCAGGACUUGACUCUUCGAGCUUGGGACGUUGAAACGGGGGAGCCUAAGUUUAUUCUGGAGGGUCAUACCGAUGUUAUUAUGGAAGUUGUCUACUCCCCAAGCGGCCACCAGAUUGCGUCCUGCGGCGACGAUGGGACAGCUCGAUUAUGGAACGCCGAGACAGGAGACCUACUCUUCAUCAUGGAACAUCCAGAAGGCCUCACCCAAGCGAUUUACUCCAUGGACGGACAGGAACUCAUAUCCAUCUCACCCGGCGACGGUAUCCUUCGGUGUUGGGAUCCUAAAUCCGGUCAGCCCAUUGAUCGACAGGAGGAGAUCUACUUGAACAUCAUCUGCUGCUGCUUCUCGCCCGACGGGAACCUCAUCGCUUCAGGAGAUAGGGAUGGGCUGUUCAGGUUGUGGGAUCGGUCGACGGGAGCGUUUGAGCGAGUAUUCCAGUCAAUGAUUGGAUUGACCCUUGAGAUACAGUGGAAACAGGAUUCUGAAGGCAUGCAUUACCUGGCAACGAUCGAUCUGGGGUCGGUGAGGGUGUGGAAGCUGAUCGAGAAGGAAAAGGGCGGUUACUCGUUGCUGCUUUUGUGGAGUUCUGGGAGGAAGGAGCUUUCUCUGGAAGAUGCCAAUGUCUGCGGUGAGAGCGAAGGUGGCGGUGCUGUUGGGUUGAGUUCGAUCGAUCUCGAGUUGAUGAAGCAGCGUGGGGCAAUUACGGAGCUCAAGGUUAUGGACGAAUCAGCCGACAAUCCUGCGCACGAAGAAUAA